UUUUGUUGCAGUGCCGAUUACAAUGAGGGCGAGUUUUGUGUUCUUUUUGUUAGUUUGUGCGUUUGUUAGGGCGAUUUCGACGUCUAAAUUAUCAUAUCAUCCAUAUGGUAUCGAUAACAUUAGGAAAGAUUUCGGGGGUGAUUUGGCGACGGCGAUUUACGAAUUUCUCGCCGGGUUUCCCUUAAGUGAAAUUACCCUUUGUUUCGACAAUUCUGUAGAUACCAACUUUUUUGAUCAUUUGGUGCGAGUUUUGCAACGUGGUCACAUAACGACUAUGACAUUUAAUCUUUCCGACCCGGACGUUCAGGAAAAUUAUUUUCACUUUGUCGUCACACAAACUGAACAAUAUCUUCCUUUAACCAAUCUAUUCUUCG